UACAUUAGCACUCGGUUAAUGAAAGAUUCAUCAGUUUACUGAAUAAAGGUCCGAAAUGAAUGGAAUCAUCGUUCUGACGCAAUAUGAUAACCAGGAAAUAAAUGUUCUCAUUGGUCGUCAUCAGUUUUCUCAAUGAUUACAAAAGUUCCGCGCCAAUAAAAAUAUUUGCCGCGUAAUCGUUCAAAAUCGGUGAACCAAGAAAAUGAUUAUACGCCGUGAACAGGAUCAACAGAGGACAAAAGGUGUAGUUACAGCUUCCUUCGUUAUCAGAUCAUCGUGGGACGUGGAAAAAGGUCAGCAGCAGGAGGACGAUAUGGAUUUUAUCUCACGAUAAAAAGUGGGUCACAACUAAGGCGCCUGUGCGCACGCUUCGAUUAUCGAUUGAAACACGUUACGUGCCUCGAGUUCGUACCACUGGAUCUCAUUUACGUGAACGCAGUGGUUGUGGAGGUUCGUGGCGUAGCUUUCUCGCAGUAGGCCAGUGGCUGACAUCUUCCGUUUGUGGUACCGUGCCGCGAGCACGGUUUUCGGAAAAAAUGCGGUGAAAUUUCGCGUGAAACGACGUGCCUUCGUAAAAUCGGCCAUUUUGGUAGUGCGUGUUUAGUGCGAUAGAAUCACUUCUGGCAGCUACCCUCGACGGUUGUGCGUGGAAGUGGUGGCAGCUCGGUGUCGCCCACAGGACACAGCCGUAAAGUUGAAAACGAUCGUGUUCCUGUGCCAGUGAGCGAACAGCCUUUGACAAAAUGGCAGGAAACACGGGUAUGGAACAGUUGAUCCCAAUCGUGAACAAGCUGCAAGAUGCAUUCACGCAACUUGGGGUGCACAUGCAACUGGAUCUGCCACAGAUCGCGGUGGUGGGUGGACAGAGUGCAGGAAAAAGUUCUGUUCUCGAGAACUUUGUCGGAAAAGACUUCUUACCUAGAGGAUCAGGCAUAGUAACCAGAAGACCACUUAUCUUACAACUGAUUAAUAGUACAACUGAAUAUGCUGAGUUUCUACAUUGUAAAGGUAAAAAGUUUGUGGAUUUUGAUGAAGUACGGAAGGAAAUCGAAGCAGAAACAGACAGAAUUACUGGCAGUAAUAAGGGUAUUUCUAAUAUACCUAUAAAUUUAAGAGUGUAUUCACCCAAUGUUUUAAAUUUAACAUUGAUUGACUUGCCUGGCCUUACAAAAGUACCAAUUGGAGAUCAACCCGCAGAUAUAGAAGCUCAAAUCAAAGCUAUGAUUUUUCAAUUCAUCAAAAGGGAAAAUUGUCUUAUAUUGGCAGUAACUCCUGCAAAUACUGAUUUGGCUAACAGUGAUGCUCUUAAACUUGCCAAAGAAGUAGAUCCUCAAGGUGUACGUACAAUUGGUGUUAUUACAAAACUGGAUCUUAUGGAUGAUGGUACAGAUGCAAGAGAUAUUCUGGAAAAUAAGCUGUUACCUCUGAGACGAGGUUAUAUAGGUGUUGUUAAUAGAAGUCAAAAAGAUAUAGAAGGUCGAAAAGAUAUUAAAAAUGCUUUAGCAGCUGAAAGGAAGUUUUUCUUAAGCCACCCAUCUUAUCGGCACAUAGCAGAUAGGUUAGGAACACCAUAUUUGCAACGUGUUUUAAAUCAACAGUUGACAAAUCAUAUCAGGGAUACUUUACCAGCAUUAAGAGAUAGAUUACAAAAACAGUUACUUACAUUGGAGAAAGAUGUAGAACAGUACAAACAUUUCAGACCUGAUGAUCCUGCCAUAAAAACAAAAGCUAUGUUACAAAAAACAUUUUUAAGGAUGAUACAACAGCUUCAGUCAGAUUUUGAAAGGACUAUAGAAGGUUCAGGAUCUGCACAAAUCAAUACAAACGAGCUUAGCGGAGGUGCUAAGAUAAAUAGAUUAUUCCAUGAACGUUUUCCAUUUGAAAUAGUUAAAAUGGAAUUUGAUGAAAAAGAAUUGAGGAGAGAAAUUGCUUUUGCCAUUAGGAAUAUUCACGGUAUCAGGGUAGGUUUGUUUACUCCUGAUAUGGCUUUUGAGGCAAUAGUUAAAAAACAGAUCAAUAGACUCAAGGAACCUAGUCUAAAAUGCGUGGAUUUAGUAGUGCAAGAACUCAGUAACGUUGUACGCAUUUGUACUGAUAGAAUGUCACGUUAUCCUAGAUUGAGGGAAGAAACGGAACGUAUUAUUACUACUCAUGUUAGACAACGUGAACAGUUGUGCAAGGAGCAGUUGAUACUUCUGGUUGAUUGUGAACUUGCGUACAUGAAUACGAAUCAUGAAGACUUUAUUGGUUUCGCCAACGCGGCAGCCAGUAGCCAUAAUGCAAGUGCACAACAGUCCUCCGAAAAUGCAGUCAAAUCCGGGCGUCAUACGUUGGGCAAUCAAGUAAUACGCAAGGGGUACAUGUGUAUCCAUAAUCUCGGUAUAAUGAAAGGUGGCUCAAAAGAUUAUUGGUUUGUCCUAACAUCGGAGAGUAUUUCUUGGUACAAGGACGAAGAAGAACGCGAGAAGAAGUACAUGUUACCUUUAGAUGGAUUAAAAUUACGCGAUUUGGAACAAGGUUUCAUGUCCCGACGUCACUUGUUCGCUUUGUUUAAUCCUGAGGGCAGAAACGUUUACAAGGAUUCCAAGCAGCUUGAAUUAAGUUGUGAAACACAGGACGAUGUUGACUCUUGGAAAGCUUCUUUCCUCAGAGCUGGCGUAUAUCCUGAAAAGUCAACGGAACAAGCGAAUGGCGAAGGAGAGGGUGGAUCAGAAGCUCAGUCAUCGAUGGAUCCUCAGUUGGAGCGACAAGUGGAGACCAUCAGAAAUCUUGUGGAUUCGUACAUGAAGAUUGUCACGAAAACUACUCGCGAUCUCGUUCCAAAGACAAUUAUGCACUUGAUCAUCAAUAACGCGAAGGAUUUCAUCAAUGGAGAGCUGUUGGCACAUUUGUACGCGAGUGGUGAUCAGGCUUCGAUGAUGGAAGAAUCGCCUGAAGAAGCACAAAAACGGGAAGAAAUGUUACGCAUGUAUCACGCAUGCAAGGAGGCACUUCGUAUCAUCGGAGAUGUCUCAAUGGCGACGGUGUCCACUCCAGUACCACCGCCAGUGAAAAACGAUUGGUUGGCGUCUGGCGAGAAUCCAAGGUUAUCACCACCAUCACCUGGUGGGCCAAGACGUGGAGUGACACAGCCACCACCUCUUUCUAGUUCUCGUGCUCCACCGCCGGUGCCAACAGGGGGCCGUCCAGCACCGGCUAUUCCUAACAGACCUGGACCUGGUGGACCACCACCGGCCCGUUCUACACCUGGCCUACCUCCUCCUAUGGUACCAUCUCGUGGGGGUGGUCUACAACAGAGGGUGACGCAAGCUGCGACGCAGGCCGCUGCUAACGCCGCUGUGAACGAGCUGAUGGACGCAUUCAAGAUCAACAGACGUUCUGGACAGCCAAAAGAGUCACCCGCAGCCCCUGUCCCGAUGAAGUCUCGACCAAUCGAUCGCCCAAACAGCGGCAAGGAUUACAAUCCGUUUUUGCUGGCGGAGCAGCAGAUGAACGACCUGUUGUCGGACACCAGCGAGCAAUCCGUGACGGAUAGUCCUUCUAUCGAGCAAAACCGCGAAACCUCAUUUCCCCUAUCUCAUUCCUCCGCGUUUGUUAAAUAUCCUUGUCAAUCGUCUCUCUCGAGCCCGGAGAAACGAUCAUCCUUGAUAGCUCCACCCACAGAAUUCGACGACCUCGUUUCAGAUUUCUCGAGCGACUCUACCGAGACCAACUCAUUGUCUCGCGAAAUCUUCCUGAAAGAUAUGAAAGAUCUGAAAGAACUUAAGGAAUCGAAGUCGGAUGUAGACAAGAAGUCGCCCGUUAGAGAGUUAGGUAGACGAGUCAUCAUCGACAAGUCGAAGGCUUUGGGCGGCGAGGUGGUCGACGGGAGUCGCGGUAGCAGAAGUUUCGUUGGCAAUUCGGAGAAAGCUCGCAAAAUCCUCGACAAAGUUUCUCCGAAAGUCAUACGACCUUCCGUCAAUCGCUCCCUCUCCGUCCGAGCUUCGUCCGCGCCCAAAACCACCCCCGACAGAAAAACGGACGACUCGAAAAAGUCUCGUAAAAACGAUGCUCAAAGAUGCAAUAACAGUCUGAACAACCGAAACAACAAUUACGCGAAUUUGUCGAGCAGCAACCUUAGUCUGAGCUCCAUAGUGUCCUCCGACAUGGACAUCAAACGAUCGAACUCCUUGUUCGACGAGUUGAUGACCUCGUUCGAGGACGAAAAUGGCUCUUUCUCCUCCUUGAAAUCCCUUCUGAAAAACGAUUCCUUGUCCAUGUCCAGCCCUGUCCAUGGUAGACAACGGAACGGUCAAAUCAGCGACGAUGAAUUGUCUUCGCCGGAGAGCUACAAAAGACAGGACCACAGCAAGAUGAGCGCCGACUCUGCUUAUAGCAGUUUAAAUCGCAAAUAUUCGCACCAUGGACGCAGCACCAAUGACGUGGCAGGACGACUCGAGGAGGAUCUGCCGAGAUGCAAUCGUCGAGACGGCGACGGGAUGAACAACACGAAAUAUAAGAUGUCCAAGUACUGUCACGAGUGCGGUUCCAGGUUCCCGGAAACCGCAAAGUUCUGCUGCGAGUGUGGUGUCAGGAGACUGGUUCUUUGAACAUUCUGAGAGAGCACAGCGUGGAAACUGAAGAAAGCACAUCUCGAUGAUUCUCAGAAGUUGCAAAAUUCUAUGGAUGCACCUUUUCUAGAAAAUAUGAUGUACAGAGUGGAUUAGUCGCCUCUUUCAGAGAUACAAUUGAUUGAAGUUAUGGUUAGAAUAACUUUAGAUUGAAAUUGUAGUUAGAGUAACUUUAAUCAAAUUGUAACUUUAAUAGAUUCUGUUAGUAACCACCAUGAUAAUAUGGUAACAAUGAUUUUCAUGUAGUCGGUUAUGUAUGUUCUCUUUCAAUCAUUUAUGUAGAUACUUUAAGUAACAGAGAUUUCACGUAAAUUUUCUGAGUAACUGAAGUGUUCUUCUGCAAUUGUUAACUACAUUUUCUGUAGUUUUGAAAGUGGUGCCAAUAGCUGCUGAUUCAUUCUGUACAUCUGUGUGGAGCAGGUGGUUUAGAGAUAUGAAUAGUAAUACGAAGGAAUUGAAAGAUAUUUUAAAUAUUCGUAAAGAAGAUUUUAUUCUUGCAGUUCAGAGUUAAACUUAUGUACUCUAGUCAUUAACCACUUGAGAAAUUGAAAGAAAGAGAGAAAUUCUCAGUAUCAGGGAACAGGAGAACAAUGAAAGUCAAUAAUCGUAAAAGACAGAAACGGAAUCGAGUAAAAUGUUAGACAUGUAGAAUUUUCAUUGUACUGUAGUUAGCACGAGAAUCCGGUCUUGAAAAUUCCGUUAGUUUAGGUUCAACCCUGCGAUCGAGUUCAAUCAUUGUACAAAAAGAGUAGUAUAAAAACUAUUAUAUUUAAUGUAAUAUCGUUCAUAAUUAUUCGACUGCGUCAAAUUUAUGGUUUUGUAAGAAAUUAAUCGCUAUUCAUUUUUUCUGUGUAAUGAAGCUUUUAAGAUAUAAAAAAAAUGAGUAGAGGUUAACUUUGAUCUCUAUGAAACUUCCCAUCAUCUACUAAAUAAUAAAAUUCAAAUUUUGUAUACAUAAUUUAAUUCAGACAAUCUGAUAUAUAUUACAAAAAUUAAAAACAAUUUUCUGUCGUUUAAUUAUGAACGAUACGAUACGUAUUCGAUUGAAAAAAAAAUGGACGGAUCUACUUAAUAUAAAUUCUAUCUAAGUUAUCAUAAGAGCGUUACAUAUGCUUUUUGUUAACACGCUUGUAUGAAAAUAAUUUCACAGCCAGUGUUCACGGUUACUUUGUUCAUCGUUAAGACUUUAACUUGCCGAUUCAACUUUGUGUUCAACAAGGACGUUGAAAUCCGUCUUCUUUUUCACCUCCAUUUUUCUACAAGCUUUUAUACGAAUCAGCACAAUGUGAAACGAAAGAAAAAUAAAAUUCAAGCAUGUUUCGUGUGUAUACAGUGUGUAACGUAAGCUUAGCGUAAGUGUAAGAACAUCUGUUAGAAAUAGAAAUAACGAAUCACUGUUUGUUGCUCGAAUAACAAACUAUUGUUAAUUAAUAAAAUUAACGUUUAGAAAUCAUGGACGUAUAGCGAAACGCACGAUCAACGUUUCUAACAAGUUUACAAUCCUUUUUUCUUAUUCUACAAAAA